UCCCAGAAGGCUGUGCUCGCCGUUUCUUUAGCCGGGCUACGGGUCGGUAGAGCGAACCCCUCAUCCUGGGCUUUUUAAUUUCUCAGGGGGAAUGAGUGACGGUGGACAGAGGCCUUUGGCGGCGCCGUCCGUAGGCUGCUGGGCCUGGUGGAGCUGGGCGCGGAGGCUAUGGAGGCGGUCAUACAGCGCUCCUUCCGGUCGGGGGACAAAAAGUCGAGGCGCCGCGUCUCCUUUAAUCGCGGUGGGCGGGGCGCGGCGAAGCGACCCGCGUUGCUAUUGGCGGCGGUUAGGGGCGCGGAAACUGAACGGGCGGCAACGGCAGCCGCUGCUUCCUCCGGCUCCUCAGGCGUCCUGGGCACCCCCGGCCUCACCAUGGCCGCGCCCUGCCCGGAGGACCCCUCGCUGGAGAGGCAUUUUAAGGGCCACCGAGAUGCUGUUACCUGUGUGGACUUCAGUCUCAACACAAAGCAUCUGGCCAGUGGCUCCAUGGACUCGUGCCUCAUGGUGUGGCACAUGAAGCCCCAGUCACGUGCCUACCGAUUCACCGGCCACAAGGACUCUGUCACCUGUGUGAACUUCUCCCCUUCGGGACACCUGCUUGCCUCAGGCUCCCGUGACAAGACUGUCCGCAUCUGGGUACCCAAUGUCAAAGGCGAGUCAACCGUGUUUCGUGCACACACGGCCACAGUGAGGAGCGUGCAUUUCUGCAGUGAUGGCCAGUCCUUUGUGACAGCCUCCGACGACAAGACAGUCAAGGUGUGGUCAACUCAUCGCCAGAAAUUCCUAUUCUCCCUGAGCCAGCACAUCAACUGGGUCCGCUGUGCCAGGUUCUCCCCCGAUGGGCGGCUCAUCGUGUCCGCCAGUGACGACAAGACGGUCAAGCUGUGGGACAAGAGCAGCCGGGAAUGUGUCCACUCAUACUGUGAGCAUGGCGGCUUUGUCACCUACGUGGACUUCCACCCCAGCGGCACGUGCAUCGCUGCUGCCGGCAUGGACAACACAGUGAAGGUGUGGGAUGUGCGGACGCACCGGCUCCUGCAGCAUUAUCAGUUGCACAGCGCAGCGGUGAAUGCCCUCUCCUUCCACCCGUCGGGAAACUACCUGGUCACGGCCUCCAGUGACUCAACCCUGAAGAUCCUGGACCUCAUGGAGGGCCGGCUGCUCUACACGCUCCAUGGGCAUCAGGGUCCAGCCACCACUGUUGCCUUUUCAAGAACGGGAGAAUAUUUUGCUUCUGGAGGUUCUGAUGAACAAGUGAUGGUUUGGAAGAGUAACUUUGACAUUGUCGACUAUGGAGAAGUCAUGAAAGUGCAGAGGCCCCCAGCCACGCUGGCCAGCUCCUCUGGGACUCUGCCAGAAGUGGAUUUUCCUGUCCCACCAGGCAGAGGCAGAAGUCAGGAGUCGAUGCAGAGCCAGCCCCAGGAGCCCGUCAGCAUGCCCCAGACACUGACCAGCACGCUGGAGCAUAUCGUGGGCCAGCUGGACGUCCUCACCCAGACAGUCUCCAUCCUGGAACAGCGGUUGACACUGACAGAAGACAAGCUGAAGCAGUGUCUGGAGAACCAGCAGCUAAUCAUGCAGAGAACAACACCGUGAUCAGGGGAGCAAGAAUCAAGAGCUCGGUCGAUUUGCGGGGUGGCAGGCCGGGGAUUUGUACUGUGGGACGUGGGUGAAUAAAUAAAGGGGCUUCGGCUCUGGGGAUCACAUCCGUCCGGAGCCCCAGGGGUGGUGCUCUUUUGCUCUUCACCUGCUGUCCACACCUGGAUACUCUCCACCUGGCAGUGGGGGGCCCCUAUAGGCGGGGCCCACAUCUGCACCAUGGACCACAUUUAGUUUAAUGUGAAGGAACCACUUGAAAAUGUCUGUGGCCUUGGAGUCCUAAGGAGCCCUCAGAUGGCAGCUCUCCGCCGGAGGAGGUGGCUUCAAGCCACCUUGCUUUUCAUUUAUCUUACUGGGGCUUGUCACCCUUUCUGCCACGUGACAGGCUUUUCCCAUCUCAGCGUAGAAAUGGACUACUCGUUGGUUGGAUAAGCCCGCAGUUUCCUCUAAAUAUGACAAAAGGCCCAGCAUAGGCCCACCUGAGUCUGUUUUAUCCAGGAACAAGCACUCUGGUGGGGAGGGGGUGGCUUUGUAGUGGCCUUGAUUUCUGUCCCACACAUGUCCACUGGGUCCUGGUGGCUUCCCCCUCUGCAUGUGUGAGGGCAAAGGAAUCUGAACAUUAAAAAAUACACUUUAUUGA